UCAGACAAGCCUUCUACUCGCAUGAUUACCAUAUUUGUGGAAGAGGUGACCAUUCAAAAACUUCUGAAUGCAGCUCACAACGCCAGCCUUUUCAUAAACACAGUCGAAAGCCCUUUUCUACAAACACAAUGUGAUGUACUUUGCAUUGGAACAUUGAUGCCAGAACUAUCAGAAGCGAUGCCAAAUUCUUCUCUGGUAGCCCAGGUGUCUGCACUUACUGCUCCAUUGAUCUCUUUAUAUGAAGGCCAAGCGGUCGUCUUUGUCAACGCUUCACUGAAUGUAGGUUGA